GCGCGAGCUGAUUGUGGAUUGGGCCGACAACGAGAUGAAGAGCAAAGCGUCACUUAGCAAAAUUCUCACUUUGGAUCAAUUUGACACCGUAGGAAACCGAAUUUCCGGACUCAUGAAAAGGUCGGAACAAGAGGUCCAAAAAAUUGACCCACAAGACUGCAGUCUGCUAGGCGAAGUAGCACAGCUCGUGCACAACUGCACCACAUCGGAAUUGCUCUAUUGUAAUAUUCAGUUGAAUUUGAAUCAUACUGAUUUUCUUCGUACUUAAGUAAGUUCGUCUAAUUAUAGUUCUAAUUGUCCAUUUUAGGGAUAAAGACGAAGAUGUUUUUGAAUAUCUUGAGUCGUUUUUUUUUCCGACGAAGUUGAAUCCCUCUUCAUCGCGUGUGAUGUCCUGAAAGCGCGUCUUUCGGUACGCACCACAAUUAUUGAGGAACAAGUGACUCAAUCAGGUCUCUCAGAGGUGCAGCGAUUGGCGCACACGAAUCCUGAGAGGACUAAGCAGUGGCUGAAGCAAAACCCAUUAGUUUCACACGCACUUACGCACGGCUGUUUUUUGACAGGAAUCAUCCACGACUCCUCUUUCUUGCGUGAAGCCAAAGACAAAGCAACCGAAGACGACGAGCACGCGGUGCUUACGAAAAACGAAGAAGAGAUCCUACGAUCUAGAAGCAAAGCGUACUUGAUUAAGUUUUCCUGAUUUUUCUCGUCUCGUUCGUGAUACAUUAUUUGAUGAACAUUUUUAUACAACUUUUCUCGAACAACCUACUAAUUUAUCCAUAUCUGUUUAAAUUGAAAGACCGCUUACCACAGCAAAUCAGGGACGAACGAUAGCAAGGAAAUACAAGAAGAUUUAAAAAAACAUAUAGAUAUUACAGAGUUUUAGUUCCUGACGGAUGUUACGGUUGACCUUGGUGAGCUGGCACCCAUAAGCAAGGUCAACAACUCCGUUCCAUUAUCGUCGCGAGCACCUACCUUUCUCAUUUCUUCCUGGUAGGGCCUUCUAUGGCUGAAGUCAGGAACUUUACUUUGAGCGCUCUACUUCUAGCUUGUAAUAUAAUCUACAGUUGGUUAAUGUGUUUAGCCUAUGGAUUCGUCUUCCGCUAUAUUAAGUCCUUACUAGGUCUAAUUUUACUUAUCUCCUUCUAUCAUGUUUUCGAAUCUUAGACUCAUUCGCAUAGGCAUCCUAGCCAUCCUCAACCUUUCCAACCGUAAACCUUAGGCAAAUCACAACAAAAAGUGUCCUCCUCGCAACAAAGCAGCCUCUCCAUCCUGUGUUCAGGAUUGUUUUCAUCUCAAAAGUGAAAUAUUUUUUUCGACUAUCUAAGGUUAACAAGCAUAUUAUAAUUUACGAGAUAAGUCAAAGUCGUAAUCGUCCUGAAACCACGUUUGGUUUUACUCCGUCUAGGUUACGCGACAAAUUAUUCGGGAAAGAGUUUAAGCCGGUGACAAAGAAAGAAGUGUCUCUGGCGUUUGUGCGAAAACUGGAGAGGAUGUCGCAGACGGAGAUGUUCGAGUACUUGCGUCAGCUGAAGCCGGAAGAAAUUGCGGCGUUGCCCACAGAACUGCAGCUUCAGGCGCAAGCCGUCCGAGCUAGCACAAAGGACGACCAUCUGCACGAAGUGCACACUGAACGCCGAGGCAGACGAGGAGAUCGGGAGCAAGGGGGCUACGGACCGGCGCCGCGCGACCGCACUUACUCGGGACAAAAGGGAGGUGGCGGAGGCUAUGCCAACGGAGGUGGAAACGCAAAAGACUCCUACAAAGACAAUUACGGUGGAAGCGGUGGAGGCGGAAAGGGAGGAGACAAUUAUAGCGGUGGGGGUGGAGCCAAAGACGGCUAUGGAGGAGGAGGAAGCUACCGAAAUGACUGGCGGGGCCAAGGCAAACGUGGAGGCGGUGGUGGUGACCCUUACUACUGAAUGCUACAAGUAGUUCUUCUACAAGGACUUCUACUUUGUAGAAAUGCGCUUUCGUUGUGUUUAAUCCCUCCUGCUGUCCCGCGCUUUGAAGAUCAUCCCGUUGACGCCGCCCGAAUGUCUAUGGAUUUUUCCUCCCACGCACAUGAUAAUCUACACGACUGGAUGUUUCCUAUCCUUUAACGCAUCUUCGCGCGCCAGACUGAGAACUUUUGUAAUCCUAUGUUAUUCAUCCGCUUCCGCAGUUGAACUGAGUUCCCAGGAUGCCUAACGUUUGGUCAACUCCGUAAUUUCUGUCGCCAAGACCGACAGAGGAUACGCGAAG